GAAACACUUGGAGGAAAGUUCUGGGAUUUUGCUUUUUGGAUUCCGAAAUCCAAUAUAUACCCAAAGAAGCCAAGUCUUUGAAUUAUUUAUACAGGUCGAAUCAAGGUGGCCAGAGAAAAGGGUAGAUUUGUGAUUUGGUGGUUAUUGAAAAAAAAAUGGCGAAUCUGUAUGUGAAAGCGGUGCCACCGGCGGAUCUGAACCGGAACACCGAGUGGUUCAUGUACCCAGGGGUAUGGACUACCUAUAUUCUAAUCCUCUUCUUCGCUUGGCUCCUCGUUCUCUCCAUCUUCGGUUGCUCUCCUGGCAUGGCUUGGACCGUUGUCAAUCUCGCUCACUUCCUCGUGACAUAUCACUUCUUUCACUGGGAGAAAGGAACCCCAUUUGCUGAUGAUCAAGGGAUUUACAAUGGCUUGACUUGGUGGGAGCAGAUAGACAAUGGAAAGCAACUCACACGCAAUAGGAAGUUUCUUACUGUUGUACCUGUUGUGCUGUACUUGAUAGCAUCGCAUACAACCGACUACGAACAUCCUAUGCUCUUUUUGAACACACUUGCAGUUGUUGUGCUCGUCAUUGCUAAGUUCCCCAACAUGCACAAGGUCCGGAUCUUUGGAAUCAAUGCAGAUAAGUGAGUGUUGAGAAUACCUGGUUUUGCCUGCUAGAAAACCACUGCUUCUUCCCAGCUGUUAAAAUGGGUAUAUUUUGUAUAGGAGGGCAUGUCGAAACUGUGUUUUGGUUUUUUUGUUUUGUGAUGCCGAGUCUGCGGACUGCAUUUACAAGUUUCUCUUACAUUGUGGAGUAAUAAGUGAAUCAAGUUUUUGUACAGUGGAGAAAUAUAAUAUAUGUUGAAUUUAUCAUUA